AUCAAAAUAAUUGUAAAAGUAUAUAUUAUUUAUGUGAUUUUCCUUAUUUCUUGUUUACCUUUCUACGAAUUUCUAUAAUCUUUUGAAUUCAACAUGGUCAGUCUUGUAUGUGCUGUUGUUUUUGUGGGUCAACUGCUCAUUUAAUUUUCGCGCCUGCCAGCCAGCAGCAUGCAGCAAGUCAGCAAGUCCAGCCAGUUAGCCCACGCUUUGUCAUCCGGUCCCGCUAUGACGGCUACUGUGGACCAGUAACCUUGUACUUCUGUGCCUGAAUUGCAACUGCAACUAAAGUCAAUUAACAGCUUCGCAACUAAACAGCAGUCUUGGAUAUCACCACAUAUACCACAUACCACUUCAUAUCUCACAGCAAUAAUUAAAUAUACUCAAGAAAUAAAAAACAAAAGCAAAAAUACACUGUAAUAAUGUCAUCCACCGCCUCUUCUAUCCCUAAAUGGGUUGCCGAUCUACAACAUCCUCCACCACCCAAGUCGAAGAAUAGUAGCAUUCCCGAUCCUCCCGGUUACCCAUCGCAAUCAACCGCAUUAUCAAAGAAAAAAGCGUCGAAGGAAGCCAAAAUACAACCCCGAAAGCAACACACCCCUGAAGAGAUGGAUACGCUCAAGCUGAAGAAGGCCUGGGAGGUGGCGCUCGCACCCGUGAAGAGCUUGCCUAUGACGGCUAUCAUGAUGUACAUGUCAGGCAACUCUCUACAGAUCUUUAGCAUAAUGAUGGUGUACAUGGCCUUCAAGAACCCCAUCUUGGGCAUCCUAAGCACAAACCAGGCGUUUGAGAGGUUCGAGAGCGAAACCAACAAGAGCAAGAUGAUACAGGCCAAGCUGGCAUAUGUCGCGAUGCAGCUUGUAGCUCUGGCUGUUGGGAUCUGGAAAGUCAACGCUAUGGGUUUAUUACCAACCACGAGAUCAGACUGGCUGGCUUGGGAAGCCCAACGAGAACCACUAGAGCUUGCUGUUCCUGCUUUAUAGACUCUGGAAGAUACCAAAUACAAUCUCGAAUACAUUCUACCUUAUAUUUUCUUCUAGCACUGAUCCCUUUUCUCCAUUCCACGUUGCUGGUUUCUGUUUACUUCGAUCCUGAGGUAGCGGCUGCUUCACUGGUGGGCUUUGCAGGCUUUGACGGCUCAAUGUUGGAAGUUUUAGAUUCGCCGGUUUUCGUAGGGACGAUG